GAAGAAGACGAAAGGAAGAAGAAAGAGGACGAGACAAAGAAACGAGAACAAGAGAAGAAUCUACACAACAAAAAGCAGCAAACUACUCCUCAAAACAAGAAAUCCAUGAAGAAAAGUUUACUGGAUGAGAUAGCGGCGUUGUCUCCCUCAGCCAAACGUGCCAUGCCAGUCCUGUCCAAACUGAGCCCUGAAAACGACAAAGAAAACGACAAGGCGCGCCAACAUAGUGUGAUGUCAGUAGUGAGGGAUGCCGCUAUGUUAGUCAUGGCAACGCCGCUGCUGGUUGACGGAAUGAUACCCAAAAUAGGAAUGGAUCGUAAAGGAUCGUGGCUUGGGAGAAGUAGCGGUCGUGUCCGCGAUGUUGUUCAUCGGUACAACACAUUGAAUGACAUGAAACCCACCUUAGACAAGAUGAAUGGAAAUGCAACUCCCUUGAAAAGGCCGAAAGAUAGUGUUGAUGGUUCUGAAACGAGGCCAAGAAUAAUAAACGUUGACAACGUGGAUGAUAGAGAAAAUCAGAAGACGGAAGAUGCAACUGAUUCAAAACUAACACCUCCCUCAGACAAGAAGAAGACUUUGCAGAUAAAGAAAGAUGAAAAGCUUUUAAUUUCCUCUCCUUCACUGGAAAGGCUUAAAUUAAAGUUACAGGACGAACCAUCUUCCGCUGAUAAAAUGUGUUCUACUUCGUUAUCAAACGGACAUGUAACAAAGGACUUUAAUUCUCCGAUUUGGCAAAAAACGGUUAUUGCCCAAGUUGCGGAGCAUCAAGACAAGAGUAAAGAAAGCAAGAAUGUGCAUACCACAGGGAGAAAGGGAGAGGCAGGAGAGAAGCAGCCUGUUCGUACAAAACUCUCACAGCAAAAACGGCGUUCGUCCGUGUUGCCGUCUGAAGUGAUGGAGGAAAAACUGGUGAAUUUACUGAACAGUACAACAGCUGAGAAAGCUAGGCAGUCCAUCAAAUACAUGAUAAGUCUCUUCAGGCAAAUUCAGAAAAACCCGACCGAUGAAAAAUACUACAGGAUUUUCAAAGGGAGAGCGAGAUUUAAAAAACACGUGUGGUCCAUGAGGAACGCCAAGCUGUUCAUGACAUCAAGUGGUUGGACAGAGAUUGGCAGUUUCAUUAUAUUUCCGUUAUCAAAGCAAACCGAGGGACCCAUGAUACUGCUGAACAAGUACCUUAGUAUAACAGAGGAGAAAAUUAAAGAAAAGAGCAGUGUUCCCCUAAAGAAAGAUGCUCCAAACCUACGUAGGGCGAACUCCUCAGAUUUGGCAGAGCGAAUACUGGAACUGAAAGAAGCUUUAUCUUCAUCUAAAACCAAUUUGAGCACGAGGACAAAAUCUGGUGGCACCAAUAAGAGUGGAGAUUUAAAACUCUUGCAGAGAACACUAUCACUGGAUGAGGUAAACAUUCUAAGAGUGAAAACUGGUGUGUCUAGGACUUCACUGAAGGAAGAUUCAACUGAUAGGAAAAGAGAAUUGUCACGGAAACUGCGAAGUCGUUUGGACCAAAGUAACACGAUCAAGGCAAACAAAUUACGCCGCUCUGUGAGUGAAAACGCUCUUCGGGAAUCAAGUGAAAUUUGCGAUAGCUUUGAGCCAACCUUAUCACGAUGCAGUAACGGAGAUGAAUCAUCACAACAACUGCAAAUCCAUUCAGACCAGGUGGGUGAAAACAAACCAAGUAAUCUUCGUCGUUCUUUAAGCGAAAAUACUCUUCUGGAAUCGUGUGAAACUUACAAUAACUCUGAGCAAACUUCAUCGAGAUUUACUGACAGCGAUGAAUUGUCACAAAAACUGCAUAAUCAUUCGGACCAAGCGGAUGAAAACAAAUCAAGCAAUCUUCAUCGGUCUGUUAGUGAAAACACACUUCAAAAGUUACCCGAAACUAGCCAUUCGGACAAAGCGGAUGAAAAGAAACCAAGAAAUCUCCGUCGUUCUGUGAGUGAAAACACACUUCUAGAGUCAACUGAAACUAGCGAUAGCCGCGACCCUAUUUUCUCGCCAUUUACGAGGCGAUUCUCCAAAAGGUACGUCCAAGAACAAGAGGUUUCGUGCGAUCUACUUAUGGAGAAUCCAAUGAACUCGAAUAUUUCCACUGUUGGCAUCACUUCAGAUGAAGAGGAUUUCCCCACAAGUAGUGCAGUAAACUCGCAUUCGGGGCGGUUAGAGGUUCGCUCGCCACAAAAGGCCGUUCUGGAUGAAGCAGACCAACUGUCCUCCGUUUUGGGAAAUCUUAUUGAUACCUUAGGGAGCUCUACAGACAGCGAGAAAGAAACAGGCUCCGCGAAAGAGACAGAGAACAAUUCUAAGAAGAAAGGAAAGGCCAAAGACGAGAACAAUUCUAAGAAGAAAGGAAAGGCCAAAGACGAGAACAAUUCUAAGAAGAAAGGAAAGGCCAAAGACGAGAACAAAGAUGAGGAACUGGAAGCUUUAUGCGAAACACUGGACACAUUAAUCAAUGACACAAGUAGUGACUCCUCCUCUGGGAAUCACAACGAGAAGUCAAGAGAAAGGAAACCACGCAGUGAAGAAGAAUGGCGUAAAACUGCUUUUAAACCUCCCCUGCCCCCAACCAAACGAAACAAGCAACAGCUGGGCAAAGGCAAAAGCAUAGAUACUGUUCAGAACGAAUCUAACCGAAAAUCGAUUACUAAUGGCCGAUCAGGGCGUGGACAAAUUUCACAAGUGAAGAGCGUCGAUAUUGCGGCGCCAACGAGUAACACGAGACGAAAGGAAAGGACUUCUGGAAGUGCGGACUCGAAGGUGACGCAGAAAUACACACAACAACGACAAGGAAGCUCAACACGAGCUCAUUCUAAGCGGAAAAACGAAACGAGUAACAGUUUUGCUUCUCAUGUGACUCAUCGAAAAGAAAGCUUGUCAACUAAACGGAACUCUGAUGUAAUAUCGUCCCAAAGAACGUCGAAACGACUUGCUAUAAAAAGUAAAAGUGUUGAUUUGGACAGAUCAAGAACACGGUCUCCAGUGGCAAAGACGAAGAGUGUAGAUCAUCGAAGAAACGGAAUUAAAGGCAGUAGGUCCGGACGUUUUGCAAGCAGCAAAGACGGCGACAAACCGCCACGGCAGAGCACAACCGAACAGAGUCAAAUGAAGUCAAGGAAUCAGGCCAAGAAAGGAAACCGUCGCGCAUCCUUACCUGAGCAUUCAAAGAGCAAGACAAAAGAGGAAAAUGAUGAAGAGGCGUCUCAGCUUCUACAUGAAAAUACUACAAGAAAAGACGCUCCAUCGCUUGAGGAUGACUUCAUUUUAUGUGUGCCCAUCGACGACAACAAUGUCAACGAUGCUGAAAGCCCGGCUUUACCCGAUAAAGCAUCAGGCGAUUGCUUCUCAAACGAUCAAGACAUAACUAAUUCUGGAAGAAGCAGUGAAAAGGAGCCUGGGAAGGAGAAUUUUGAAGGUUACCCUAGCUGCGAAUCAUUCAUCUUUGAAAACCGCGUUUCUGAUGAAACAGAUUUUUUUUCUCAAGCAAAAAGUGAGGAAAUUAUUGAGGUAUCUAAUCCUGUUCAGACCUAUUCCAAUGAAAAUGAAGUUUUUACAAACGAUGACGUCCAUGGUGAGAAUGGGGACGCGAACAAUUUCGGAAAUGACCAGAAAGAAAAGCAAACAAUUGCAAGAAACGGGGAACUUCGUAAGCUUCUCAAUUCUGGGACGGAAAAACUAACGGCAAAUGGAAGCUAGAAAGAUAUUGAUACACAUUCGCACAUAAAAGAAGAUAGAAAUCCCAUCAUCACUCAAAACGGUUACUCAGAGUUCACUGUAUCUCAAUCAGAAAAUCGUAAAAUGACCUUGGUGGAUCUUGGAAAACAACAAUCCAGAGAAAGAACUACUAGAAAAGAAGCAGUAUCGCUUUCACUCGAAAAACGGAAGCAACUCAUGCGAGAUGCUAGUGUAACCAAACCAAAAUCCAAACCUGCAGACAAAAGAAGAAGUAUUCUACAAAUUAAGAGCCGAAAUGACGGAAAUCUGGUAAAAACCAAAAAGCAAGCCUUUGAGAGGUCCAAAGAGGUUCAUUCAGCUUCAGGUAGCUCUGAUGUGAAAACUUCUAAGCAACGGCAUUUCCGCUUACUAAGAAGGAGAAGAAAGUCGUUUGAACUCCCAACUGAACCAUUAGGGGUUUUAGCUGAAGAUCAAGAAGAAGUAUCUGAAGAGAAGCCAACUGCAAAUGGAAUGAAAACUCCUGUAAAGGCCAACAACAGUUGGAGGGACGGCCGCAUUAACAACGGCGAGAUCACAGAACUAAAAAACUCUAUCGGAGAAAAAGCUGAGAAAGUCGAGAAAGAGAAGAGUCAUUCCCCUGCCAAAAUAAGCCCAUUUCAGUCGCUUUUAAUUAAACGAAAAGGUUCUUACGAUUUAGAAAAAAGAGCAAGCCUAGAAGGCAUCGUGAAAUCACCUCAAAAAAAUUCAGGGGAAAAGGAAUGAGAGGACCAAGAUUCUCAAACAUAUUGAUCAGUUAGAUUUUUCUCGGAAAUGAUAAAGAAGUCAAAUACAUUUUUCCUAUCUGAGAAGAGAAUGCCAAUUUUACCUUCCGUCAGUUUUAAGUUGUAGCAACUUAAUUGCAAGAAAUUCAACAAAAUAAUUAAAAUUAAUAGAUCUUAUAUCCUCCGAGUUAAAUCGCAGCCCUACUUCUUUGUCUAAGACAGACUUUACCAAAGAACGAUUGAAUGUUUUGACAAAGACAUCUUGAGAUAAGUGAGAAGAACAUUUUAUUCAAAGUGAAUUUUUAUGUUUUCCAUUAAUUGCAGUUUUCUUAAAAAAUUUUAACGCAAUAAAUUUCUACCAAAACGCC